GCCAUUUUGGUUAAUUGGGAUCCUGUUAGCGGCCAGUAGGGCCAAGAGCCGGUUACAGAGCACGUGACGCCGAUGGUUCCGUCCUCUUACCGGAAGCAGCCUGUCGCGCACCGGAAGUGCUAGGCAAGUGGCCGAUUUCUUGGCCCUCCGCGCCGCGAGAGGGACCGCGAGGUCCCCAUUCAAGCGAGCAGGAGCCGUAGCUGUGACGCUACUUCCGGUCCUAAGAUGGCGGCGCCCACGCGGCAGCUGCGCAGGCCGGCAGAGGAGACAGACCCGGCCCAGGAGGCAAAGCGGCCCCGGGCGCAGCGGCGGCGGCUUCUGGUGCUUCUCGAGGGAGCGAGUCUGGAGACCGUUAAGGUUGGGAAGACCUACGAGCUGCUGAACUGCGACAAGCACAAAUCACUGCUGCUGCGGAGCGGCCGGGACCCAGGGGAGGUGAGGCCUGACAUCACACACCAGAGCCUCUUAAUGCUCAUGGAUAGUCCCUUGAACCGGGCUGGUCUGCUGCAGGUUUACAUCCACACCCAGAAAAAUGUUCUGAUUGAAGUCAAUCCCCAGACCAGGAUUCCCCGAACCUUUGAUCGAUUCUGUGGUCUAAUGGUUCAGCUGCUACAUAAACUCAGUGUCCGUGCAGCUGAUGGACCCCAGAAACUAUUGAAGGUCAUCAAGAAUCCAGUGACUGAUCAUCUUCCUGUGGGCUGCAUGAAGAUAGGCACCUCUUUCUCCGUCCCCAAUGUUACGGACGUGCAUGAACUGAUUCCCACAUCAGAGCCUGUUGCAGUUGUUGUGGGAGCUUUUGCCCAUGGCUCGCUGAAUGUUGACUACACAGAGAAGAUGAUCUCCAUCAGUAACUAUCCCCUUUCUGCUGCCCUGACAUGUGCAAAGAUCACCACAGCCUUUGAGGAGGCUUGGGGAGUGGUGUGAGCCUGCCAUACUUGUCUCUGAAGUUUGACUGUUUGACCUUUCUAGAAUUGGUAGCUUUUUUUUUUAACUCAUGCAUGUGUGGGGAGUAUUGAGUUAGCCUUGGCUUAAGGUUCAGUGGUGGAGUUAAGGGCUGAGCUCUUUCUAUACAAGCUGCUGCCAUGGCUGAAGGCUAACUGGCACCCCUCUGGACUGUUCUCUCCAUAUUAAAAUCACUUUUGAUAAAAAU